CUUGUAUUUACCUUGUCAAGUGGUUUCAAUGUCACCAUUUUGUCUCAUUUCAUAUCCUUUAUGCAUGACGACACUCUUCUGUUUACUGCAACCAUCAAUGACAACAAUGCAGCACUCCUUGAUGGAUCUACUGCUGCUUGCAUUGAAUUGGGACAUUUUACUGCAACUAUACCACUUGAUUUGAUGCUUUGGCAUUGCAGAUUGGCUCACCACCAUCAUGCUGAUAUGAAGAGACUGAUAAAGAGAGAUCUGGUUACUGGGCUAACAUUGGAAUGCAAGGCUUCUCCUGGUUCUGUCUGUGAACCGUGCUUGUCUUGA